CUACUCCGACAACCGCCUUCCAGGCCAAUCAGUCCAGAGCAAUUGGCUGCUGAGGUUAUAUCUCUAUAUACUGGGUUGAUCAUGGUUGAGUCGAAGUGUAUCCACGCCGUCCAAACCCUGACUCUGUUGAUAGAGCACACUGGCGGCCGAGAUCUACCAACCGACGAGUGGGAGGCCGUGAUCGCGCUUCGUCGGAAGUUCCUUCAUGAACACCAUGAUUUCUUUUUGGCAUCUGAACAUCCUUCUGCAAGUCCCGCUUUACGUCAAUUAGCAGCUAAAUACUCUGUGCCGGCAAGAAUGUGGAGACGUGGAAUCCAUUCCUCCCUGGAGUUGCUCCGCUACCAGCUUCCGGACCCUUUGGAGUAUAUGUUAGCCUUCAUUUACCUUGCUGACCAGAUAAUGGGAUUACUGCUAGGUGGGACAGUACCGUCCUUC